AUGUCCUUCUUUGGCAUUGGCCGGCCGCAGCCGACGUCGGCCGAAAAGAUCGCCGCCGUCGAGGCCGAGAUGAAGAUGAUGGCCGACAUGCACAACCGCCUCGUCAAGAACUGCACUGCCAAGUGCGUCCCGGGCGAGUACCGCGAGGGCGAGCUCAACAAGGGCGAGAGCGUCUGCCUCGAUCGCUGCGCCGCCAAGUUCUUCUCCGUCCACAUGACCAUCUCGGAGCAGAUGCAGAAAGAGGCCCAGCAGCGUGCUGGCGGUGCCGCGCCUGGCGGUGCUGGCUUCGGCUUCGGCGCAUAG